UAACAGUAACGAUAACAACAUUGUUAAGAUGAUAGAAAAUAGAGUCAACGGAGUUAAGUCUUCUUAUUGAAAACGUCAAACAUUUUUGUUCAACUUAAUCACAUCAAUGGCGAGCAUUGUAGUUGUUGGACUGGGAUUGGCUGCGGCUGGGUUUGCUGGUCGACAAGUUUUGCGAGUUGCUCCACAAGUUGCCCAAAAAAUGAGUGAAGUACUAAAAACAAUGUCAUCUGAAUCAGGAAUCUUGUCGAAUAGUAAAUAUCAUAAAGGUGGAUUUGAACCUACUAUGUCCAAACGAGAAGCCAUGCUUAUUCUUGAUGUUUCAAACAACGCGACAAAAAAUAAGAUUAAGGAUGCUCACAAACGAAUCAUGUUGAUCAAUCACCCGGAUAAAGGUGGUUCGCCGUACAUUGCAGCCAAGAUAAACGAGGCUAAAGAUCUUAUGGAUAAAAAAUAAAUGUCUACCUGUUGAUUUUCAUCAGUGUGUUAACUUGAAUUAUAGUGUAAAUAUGAAUGUACAAAGUCAUAUUAGAAAUAUAAUGACAUUUACGAUAAAUAUGAUUUUAUCGUAGAUAUUUAAAUAAUCAUA